AUGAAGUUCCCUUGGACCUCUCGGUCGACCUCGACGCGGUCCCCAGUAGAUGAACAGCCCACGGCAUCCCGAGGCCAUGGCGCUGAGGGGACGGAGACAGGAUCUUCACGAAAUUCUGUCGCGCCGGAGACAUGGCUGGCGAGCAUUAAUAUCGAUGAGACAUCCAGGUACAAAGCGAUUAUCAAAUUCCUGCACGCACGACUGCUGGCCUGUCAAUGGAUUUCCUCUACCGCCGACUCUCCGGCCCCGUGUCAUGGCCUCCUGCUCCGACGGUCUCGAGGCGUGUACAUCUCAGAGCCAGAGAUAGUCAACCCCUUGCUUCUGGCGGCGGUUCAGGCGCUGAAUGUCGAAGUCGCCUUCACCAUGAGCACGGAGUCCACGAGGAUUAUUGCCUCGUCAUUGCAGCCGGAUCAAACUGAAGUCGUCCUCCCCAGUGGCUCUCAGCUGCAGGUUAUAGAUUCGAUCCGGGACCUCUCUUCGUCUCCUCUGUCCCUCGUGAAGAAAUUCCAAUAUGCGGCGCUGCUGCGGGAGGAGCAUGUACUGUUGGUGUGGCAUGACCGGCUGGAGAACAUCCUGGAUCAUGUAGCCGACCUGGAGGAGAGGCUGCUGGCUUUGGUUUGCGGAACAUCCUUACCUUUCUUCAGCACUCGCAAUCGCUCCGUCCUGCAAUCCCAAGUGACCUCUCCGGGCACAUCUACCUCGCAUCUAUCCGUCGAGCCCGUCGAAAAAUACCUCGCAGUGUCGUCAAAAUCGAAGGCCGAGGAAGCAUCUAAGACGGACAUGGAGGCUGCCCCCUGGCUGAGUCUCUAG